AUGCAGCACUCGGACGAUGCUGAUGAUGCCGCAGGCAAUGUGCCUUGUCUUGAUGUUGUCGAAGAGGAGGAGGAGGAUGUGUUGUUGAGUGCGUGGACGGCCGACACGUCCAUGCUAGCAGACCAUGAUCGCAACGACAAGUAUGCGGAAGCACUGAGGCGACUGGCACCCGGCCAGCGCGUGCUGGACAUUGGUACAGGCACGGGCUUGUUGGCGAUGCUGGCGGCUCGUCACGGUGCAACAACCGUCACCGCCUGUGAGGUGUACAGGCCGAUGGCACGUAUCGCAGCUGAAACCAUUCGCACCAACAACCUCGAAGCCACAAUCGCGCUCGUGCCCAAAGAGUCGACGGAGCUGUCCCUGGAGAAGGACCUGAACCAGCAGCGUGUAGGCCUCAUCGUCAGCGAGAUUGUCGAUAGUGAACUUUUGGGCGAGGGCAUCCUUCCAUCCAUCCGAGAUGCCGUGGCGAGAUUGGGAUUAGACACAUGCACGUGCAUCCCAUGUGCGGCGAAUAUCCAUUUCCAGCUCAUUCAAAGCGACCUGCUUCGCAGCUGGGUUGACCUCGAUUCGUGUAGCGUGGAUGGUCUUCCCAUCUUUGAUGAAGAGAUGAUAUCACGUGUCGAUGCUUCGACGAAACAUGAGGUCCACGUGGAUCGCCUCCUUUCCUCCCUCACCCGCCUGUCGGACCCCACGACGGCAUGCACCCUCGAUUUAACGUCCAUUCCUCCAGAAGAUGGCGUGCACACAGAAAUCACCACAGCGGCUGUUGCAUCAGGGAGUCGAGUGGAUGGACUCGUCAUGUGGUGGACAAUGACGCUCGCGGAUGACAUUGUAAUCGAUACACAGCCAUCCUGGCUACAGCGUGCGCAACCCCACCACCAACACACUCAACACCAACAACCACAACAACAACAGCAGCAGCAGCAGCAGUCGCACGUGUGGAGAGAGCACUGGCUACCAAUGGUGUACGUCCUCCGCCAACCGCUCCAAACGGCGCAGAACGAAGAUGCGGAGCCAAAGACAGUUCCAGUCUACGUUGGCCUGCAUCACGACGACUUUGCUGUUGACUUCAGUGCCGCCUUGGCUGCCACAGCACCGCCCCUUCGCCCAACACACGUGCACGUCUGCAGUCCCCUCCUCCCUCGCGACCGCAUCGCUCUCCUCAACGACACCCGCCGAACGCAGCACUAUCACGACGCAUUAGCGGCCAGCACGCAUGGAAGGGACAUUCGCUCCAUUCUUGGGUUUGGAAGUGUCAACGUGGCAGCCAUUUCUGCAUGUCAGUUGUUCCCACGUGCACACACAACCGUUGUGGAGCAUCGUCGGCUUGCUCCAAUCAUGGAGGCAUUCGCCACUCGCGCCAGCGCUCGGUUGAGCGUCGUCGUCGAUGAAGACAGCAUGGGCGAACGCGAUACGGCUGAUGUCGUGGAUCUGGUAGUCGGUGAACCCUACUUUCUCGACACCACAGAGCCAUGGCAGGCGGCCAUUCGCUUUGCGCGGGCCAUCGCCCGCCACCGCCACCGCCUCUCCGCCACCGCUGUUGUGUUCCCACACCACGCUGUCGUUUGCUGCGCUCUUGUCGAGUGCACGCAUCUGCACACCAUCCGCGAUCCCGUCAAGCAGGCAUGCGGGGUUGACAUGUCUGCUUUCGACGCAGCAGUGCGCGUACCAGGGACAUUUGCGUCGGUGCAAAGCAUGUGGGAAUACGAGCACCGCCUGCUGUGCCGCCCCGCGGAGGUGCUGACCAUCGACUUUGCAGCGGCCAGUGCUGGCGAUGGCGGCAUUGCCGCAGCCCAGAGCGAGGAUGUGGUGCUCACGAUGACUACGACCGGCACCUGCCAUGCUGUCCUCGUCUUCAUGCGCACCUACCUCUCGGAUCAGGAGUUUGAAGACGAGUACAGUGGUGACGGAGCAUAUACGCCGUUCAAACAGGGGGUGUUCUUGCUGGAUGACAAGCGGCGCAGCGUCAACUGCGGCGAAUCUGUGACCGUGCACGUGUCUCUCGAUGGUGCAGCCGGGACUGUCAGUGCAGAUGUUGUGUCGUGA